AUGUCAGCCAUCCAGCAAAUCCUCCAACAUUUAGACACUGCAGAGUCUGAACCAGUGGACCACAAGCUGUUUGAACAAGCCAAAUUAAAGCUCAAAGAUGCUAGCUUGUAUGAGUCCACAGAAAUCCUUCGGACAUUUGGAUCAAAGGUGAUACAAGUAGUCAGCUCCAACAACACGAGUGCCGAAUGGAAGAAUCAUGCAAUCGACCUGUUCAACGAAAUCAUUAACCACUAUCAUUUCGACACGAUUGUACAGGAAUUCUCGCUGGAGAUGCUAAUUUCGGGCCUACAGGGCCACAACGACAAUCUAAAAAUACUUAUCAUCGAUAUCGUGGCAAGGGCGACUCCCCCAGAUUUGGUGGCCAACACGCCAUUCAUUUCAAUAAUGCUGAACCUGCUGGCAGACCCAACAACAACUGUAGGAACAGUCAGCGCAAUUGAAAGAAGUCUUGUGGUGCUGGCGAAGGGCGAGCUCGUGCAACGUCGUCUGCUCUCCAAAGAGUGUCUAGACUUGCUUAGAAAAAUUAGGGCCGAUCCGCAAGUGUUUUCGCGGUGUUUCGAUCUCUGCUCUGAACUUCUUCCUGUUGUGAAAGACCUUCCCGAUGAUCUGUAUCUGAUGCCAGAAAGCGAAUUUUCUCAAAGCAACGACGUGCUGCUCAAUGCGUAUGUGGUUUCAUUUUACAACAAAUUGCUAGACACUAUUAGGUUCGACAGAUUAGACUUGCUGGACAAACUGGACGAGCAAAUUGGGUACAUUUGUCGUCUGUACGUGGAUGAUACGUUUGUACCUGAGAUCAAGACGCUGUUCAGUCUCGAGCCGGUAGUUUUUCUUGCCAAUCUGAGCAGACUCAAUGCCUCCAAAUUCGCCGAGUUCGACCGCCAAUAUAAAAUUAUAGACCACGCGAUAACGCACAGCGACGAGCCCUCCGUGUUUCUGCUUUCAAACAUGGAUCCGCGCCUGUUGGCCUCGAAAACUCAAUUUCUCGAAACGCUUCCUCUCACAGCAACCACUGUACAGAUAUUCGAAAACUUGGUCAGCAAGCAGGAGAUUUUUUCCAAAUUGGACAUCCCUCCUUCCAAAAUCCUGAACCUGUCAACAAGCUCGUUUUUGGAGCUUGUCAGGGCUCUAUCCCUGUAUGACCAUACGGUGGGCCAGCUAAUCCGAUGGCCAUCCGUCAUGAAUAGACUGUUGGACGAGUACAAGAAUAUCAAUAACCCAGAAAUCUGGAAACUGAAAAUGGCGAUCUUGGAACAACUAUACAAUCGCAAUGUGGACGUGUGGAAGGAAAAAAUUGAGCAAGAGCUUGCUCGGAUGAAAGGCCAUACGGAGGCCCAGGUCGAUAUCAUGGAUAUGGCAGCAUAA